UACUACAUUAGCUUUAAUCUUAUUGAAAAAUCAAUCAAAUCAAGCUAAACCCAUCUCUAUAAAUUGCCCAAGUUCUGGUCUUGUCCAACCAUAAGUGUCCUGCAACUCUUCCCAGAAUUCAGAUAGAUCUUUUCAAGCUUCUUUCUCCUACCUGGUCCAAUGGCUUCUGGGUCAAGUUUCAAACUAUCAGACUCCAUUGCUGCCAGCAUGCCCGAGGCCUUGAGGCAAAGCCAGUACUAUAUGAAGAGAUGCUUUACAACGUAUGUCUCCAAGGGAAGGAGGUUGAUGAAGCGCCAACAACUAAUGGAUGAAAUGGAGAAGACAAUAGAAGAUAAGCUUGAAAAAACCCAAGUCUUGGAGGACUUCCUUGGUUACAUCCUGUCUUCCACUCAGGAGGCAGCUGUUGUUCCACCUUGCAUUGCAUUUGCAGUCAGGCCCAAUCCUGGAUCCUGGGAAUUUGUUAAGGUGAAUGCUGAUGAUUUAGGAGUAGAUGCAAUAACUUCUUCAGAGUACUUGAAAUUUAAAGAAACGAUCUUUGAUGAGAAAUGGGCAACUGAUGAAAAUGCAUUGGAAGUGGAUUUUGGAGCACUUGAUUUCUCCAUGCCUCAACUGAGCUUAUCUUCUUCAAUUGGUAAUGGAGCUAACUUCAUCUCGAAGUUCAUGGCAUACAAGAUAAGGAAACAUGCUAAGAGUGCAAAUCCAUUAGUGGACUACUUAAUUGCUCUUAAUCAUCAAGGAGAGAAUCUUAUGAUCAAUGAGACUCUCAACACAGUUGAAAAGCUUCAAACAGCAUUGAUAUUAGCUGAUGUAUUCCUCUCUUCAAAUCCCAAAGAUGCACCAUAUCAGAAUUUUGAACAGAGACUUGCUGAAUGGGGUUUCGAGAAAGGAUGGGGAGAUACCGCAGAAACUGUAAAAGAGACAAUGAGAUCACUCUCAGAGGUCCUCCAAGCACCAGACCCACUGAACAUGGAGAAGUUCUUCAGUAGGCUUCCAACAAUUUUCGAUGUCGUAAUCUUCUCUCCCCAUGGAUACUUUGGCCAAGCUGAUGUCCUUGGCUUGCCAGAUACUGGUGGACAGGUGGUUUACAUUUUGGAUCAAGUAAGGGCCUUGGAGGAGGAAUUGCUCCUUAGAAUUAAGAAGCAAGGCCUAUAUAUCAAGCCUCAGAUUCUUGUGGUUACAAGACUUAUACCAGAUGCUCGAGGAACAAAAUGCAACCAGGAGUUGGAACCAAUCCUUGACACAAAGCACUCCCACAUCCUUCGUGUCCCUUUCAGAACAGAAAAAGGUGUCCUACGCCAGUGGGUUUCUCGCUUUGAUAUUUACCCCUACCUUGAGAGGUUUACUCAGGAUGCCACUGCCAAGAUCCUUGACCAUUUUGAAGGGAAACCGGACCUUAUUAUUGGGAACUACACUGAUGGAAACUUGGUGGCAUCACUAAUGGCAAGCAAACUUGGGAUAACUCAGGGAACCAUUGCACACGCUCUGGAGAAGACAAAGUAUGAAGACUCAGAUAUCAAGUGGAAAGAACUAGAUGCUAAAUAUCAUUUCUCAUGUCAGUUUACAGCUGACGUCAUUUCCAUGAAUACUACUGAUUUCAUCAUCACAAGCACAUAUCAGGAAAUUGCAGGAAGUAAAGACAGGCCUGGACAGUAUGAAAGUCAUGCUGCAUUUACACUACCAGGGCUCUGUCGAAUUGUCUCAGGCAUCAACGUCUUCGAUCCCAAAUUCAACAUUGCUGCCCCUGGGGCUGAUCAAUCCGUGUACUUCCCUUACGCACAAAAGCAAAAGCGGCUGACCUCAUUUCAUUCUGCAAUUGAAGAACUACUCUACAGUAAGGAGGAUAAUGAUGAACACAUUGGGUUUCUAGAGGACAGGAAAAAGCCCAUUAUCUUCUCAAUGGCAAGGCUCGAUAUUGUGAAGAAUAUUACAGGAUUAACUGAGUGGUUUGGGAAGAACAAGAGGCUGAGGAAUUUGGUUAAUUUAGUUGUUGUAGCUGGAUUCUUUGACCCAUCCAAAUCAAAAGACAGAGAAGAAAUUGCAGAAAUAAAAAAGAUGCACAGCCUGAUAGACAAGUACCAACUUAAGGGUCAGAUCCGAUGGAUAGCAGCUCAGACCGAUCGAUUCCGGAAUGCAGAACUGUACCGCUGCAUUGCUGAUACAAAGGGUGCUUUUGUACAGCCUGCUUUAUAUGAAGCAUUCGGCCUUACAGUGAUUGAGGCAAUGAACUGUGGACUGCCAACCUUUGCAACCAAUCAAGGAGGCCCAGCAGAAAUCAUUGUUGAUGGGGUUUCAGGAUUCCACAUUGAUCCUAACAAUGGAGAUGAAUCAAGCAAUAAGAUUGCUGAUUUCUUUGAGAAGUGCAAGGAGGAUGUUGAAAACUGGAGAAAGAUAUCCAUAGCUGGUCUUCAACGCAUAUAUGAAUGCUACACAUGGAAGAUUUAUGCAAACAAAUUGUUGAACAUGGGAUCCAUUUACAGCUUCUGGAAACAAUUGAACAAAGAACAGAAGCAAGCCAAACAAAGAUACCUUCAAAUGUUCUACAAUCUCCAAUUUAGAAACUUGGUAAAGAAUGUACCAAUACCAAGUGAUGAACCCCAACAACCGCCAGCUCCAAAGCCAAAACCCCAGACAACACAAAGACGCACAUCUUCUCAACGACAAAGUAAUGACAAUCCCAAUCAAAUCAACCCAAGAUUCCUCCUACUCUCAAUGGGGAAUGAGGGUACAGAGAUCAAUAGUAAAGAGCCAGCGAUCAAAAAACUAGUGUCAGAAAGUUCAGAGACCAACUAUGAAGAUUCAAAGAUCAAUAAAGAAACCAAGCAUGAAGAGGAUAAUAUCAAGCAGCUUGGGUCCCCAAGUAGCAGUCAAGCUUGUCCCAAUGGGCGUUGGCAGUGCUUCCUUUUUCUUUCUCUUUUCAUCUCUUACAUUUUAAUAAGGUUGUACCGUCAUAUCUUUGCCUAACAGCAACUGAUCUGAUGCAUCUAGUAAACUUGUAAUGUGUCAUGAUCUGAAUUUUAUAAUAAAACAUGUUGUAUCAUUCCAAAUAAGCUAAUUCAUUAUGGGAUCAAUAGG